AUUUAGCAGACGACAGAAGAAGCGAACUAUUGCUCGCACCCUAACUCGACUACUCUGCAGCGCACCAAGGAAUCGGAUGGGCCAGUAGUUUCACCUUCCCCAAAGUAAGGAUAAAAGUUUUCUUGAUUGUAAUAUCUGUCUGCUUGUUAAGGAUUAUAAUUCCCAACAUUGUUAAGGUUAUAAAAAGUAUAGCUCAUUCGUCGAAUGCUGGAUGUGGAAAUUACUGAUCACGGGCUUACAAAAAGACACCUGUCGACAUGACAAUAAAACGCCUUUGUAAUGAAAUGUUUGUCAUUGUAUGCUUUCUUCCCUCCAAUAAAUGAAAAUGCUCUUACAAUAUAAGCCAAGACUGAAUUCUUGAUCACCCUCUAUCUAUUGGAUUUGUAUCAUCUAACAACGACAUGGAAUUUACCUUCAGAGUAUAUCGAUGGAUAAAUCUGAGUUUAAUUGCUUCGAUCACGAUAUGUUCUUUGAUCUCGACAUCAAGUGGGGUGUCGAGGAGCGAUAGGGAAGUUCUUCGUAUGGAUGGAGAUUUGAUAAUUGGAACUUUGUUUUCGGUUCACGCUCCACCACCUACCGAGGUGGAAGCUACAGCACGACAGUGUGGUAGGGUACGGGAACAGUAUGGGAUCCAUCGAGUUGAAGUCAUGCUUCAUACCUUAGAGAAGAUCAACAAAGACCCGGCAAUCCUUCCUGAAGUGACUUUAGGCUGUGAGAUCAGAGAUUCUUGUUGGUAUUCAUCCGUAGCCCUUGAGCAGAGUCUUCAAUUUAUAAGUGAUAAUCUAGAGUCUGAGAGGUCGAGUAAGAAAGCUACCAAUCCAGAAUGCAGUGGGUCUCAAGAUGUCUCUAGGAAACAAAUCACAGCAGUGAUAGGACCAGGAUCUAGUGAAGUAGCGAUCCAGGUCCAAAAUCUACUUCAGCUCUUCAAUAUACCACAGGUAGCCUACUCUGCAACCAGUCGUGACCUCAGUGAUAAGACGCUCUACGAAUACUUCUUAAGAGUUUGUCCAUCUGAUACACUACAAGCACAAGCUAUGGUGGAUAUUGUACUGAGAUAUAACUGGACAUACGUUUCUGUGGUGCAUACAAUAGGUAAGUAAACAUUUUUUUUGCAAUCGUAAAUACCCUUCUUCUUUUAUUUCAAGAAAUCUUCUAAAAUAUUUCCCAAAAUAAUAUUCAACUCAUGCAACGCACAUCCCCAUUUAAUUACAUAAUUUUUUUUUCAUUAUUUCAAAUGUAUCAAAGAAAAGGAUUCAUUAAUUUAGUGAUAGUCCUGUCUAAAUGAAAACUAUUUGAUCAAUUCAGAUAUAAAGUAGGGAGAAAGAGAAAGAGGGGGGGGGGGGGGCUGGUGAGAGAUAGGGUGGAAUGGGAAGGAUGAAGGAGGAGGUAAAACAUUUUCUUAAAUUGUUGUUCUGUUUUAAAAUCACUGUGAGGUUCCUAAAAACAACCCCUAUAACUUUCAAGCUCGUGAUGAUUUAUUUCCCAGUGAUAUUAUUUUGUAAAUGCAUUUAUACCAUUGACAGUGGUAAUAGUUAUGCUCACCUGCUUUCAACGCUAACCAAGAAAACCAUGACAAUUAUAGGAAAGCAUGAGAGAUAAAUAUAGUACUUUGUGAAUCACCUGUUACUUGUCACCCGGCGCUCCCUUCAUAACAACCAAGACACUAAAAGCUACCAGACAACUGAAUGGUGAUAUUGGUGUGUUUGGUGAUAGUGGGUGGAAGGGAGUGAUAGAAGGGCUCUAAGAAUUGAUGGUACCACCCCUUUAAUGCUGUCUAUAAUAUUCAAAUCACCUCAAUCCAUAAAUCUCACAUUUGUUUAUUUGAAUAGAUCCUUAAUAGGAUACUAAUCAACAGAUGAAAUCCUGCCCCUCUUUCUCUCUCCAAUGUGCAACUACCAUCUCCGUCCCUCUCGCUCAACCUUGAUAUUCCCUUGACCUUCACAUCAAUCUUGACACACAGAUCUGUAGCACUUUCUCAUAAUCAAUAAAUUAAUAAGCAUUGGACCAACAUUCACCUCCCCUAUACAUCCGUUUAUCAAUAUCAUUAUUCUCUUUACCUAAUGACAGGUGUGCGGAAUGUGAGUUGCUAUGGCGACUAAACAUAAAUGAUAAACAUAAUAAAAAAUGAUGUCUGCUGAUAAUAUGUGUCCUUAUACUAACCCUUAAAUUUGUAAGCAGGCAAUGAUGGAUAAUUUGAACAGCGCACUUGAAAUAGGUAGAGGGUGCAGUCCACCAACAUUUUUUUGUCCGACACGUUAUCAGAUAAUUAUGACAACUGUCCUUGAUUUUUAAUUAGCUAAGACAAGUGUUGGAUAAAGCAUCCGACAUUAAACUCUCUUAAUUUUGAGAAGUAAAGAUAAAAAAAACCCUGCACACAUUAUAUAAAAUAUGUAUGAAAUUCAUGCCGCAUAAACACGCAGUUUAUCGGUUCAUGUGUACUUUUCCAAUUAAUGUUUGAUAAAAUAGGAUUCAGGAAUAUGUUGGGUCAAAUCUAUAACUCACUUCAUUCAUAUUACAUUCGAUGUUUUACUUAUACUUGCUAACAUUAGGAUAUUUCAGAGACAGUAAAACAGGUCACCAGGACAUUGCUGACAUACAGUAAAACAGGUGACAUUGCUGACGUCACAGAUGGGGGAGAAGAGGGGAGCUUUGGGGUCAUGGGCCCC